UUGAUGCCAGACGUUAUUUCGGACAGUAUUCAAGAGGACGCAAGUCCAGCCGAUCCUGCGUCUGUCAUUGUGGCUAGCAGUGGUGAUGUGGUAUCCGAUAAUUCCGUGUUAACUAGUGAAACUGAGUCAGCCGGGUUCUGCCCCCAACAACCCGAACGGCAAGUGGCGCUUGUCCAUCCCACAAGCCAGGUGUUGGGCCGACUCAUGCCUUCUGGCAUGAGGCCCGGUCUCCUAGCAACUAACGAAUACGAUGCCAUAGAAGGGCAAUCGACAGACGUCGACGACGAUAGAACGAGCAGCGAUGACACUCCGGCCGACUAUCAAGAGCCGCCAGAAGACAAGAUUGAGUUUUCUGGCCAGACUCGGUCUUCUGUUGGGCCAACGCCGGAAAAGUCCUACCUUAACAACUACAGAGAAGCACACAGCAAGGCACUCACCUACUUGGCCCCACGCUACGUCACGGAUACAGGCCUAUCCGGUGGUACAGCUCGGGGCUCUGACCAGACCACUAAGGCAAGUCGGACAAGAGUCUAA